AUAUCACCAGUAUACAUUAUGUUUCGAGACUUGUCAACGUUAGAUAAGACAAUGAACAGAUUAUUUAUGGUAAAUCUUAAAAAGUGUUCACGAAUAAAAAAUCCCGGACGCACAGUAAUUCAUCAUUAUAUCAAUGGAAAGUUGGUCAGUGGUGAUUACUAUAGUGCCAAAAAAGAGUUAUUCGAGUCAAAUCUCGUUGGAUUCGAUUCUACACCAAUUCGUAAUUUUAUACACUCCGAUGAAAAGAUACGAUUAUUUCUACCUUGCCCUCGAACCAAUUGCUCUGUUGAUUGUCAUUGGAAAUGCUACAGAUGCGAACGGGAAGUAGAAUAUAGUUAUAAUCGACACUUUUAUUGUGGAUGUGGCGAAAGCAACAUCACUGAUGCAAAGUUUAGAUGCAACAGCCCAUAUCACACCGAAGGAUUUAUGCCAUAUGACAAAAUGUCAAUUCACCAACUGUUACCUGAAGAGCCACCAGAAGAAGUUAACGUGCUACUACUCGGUGAAACUGGUGUAGGAAAAUCCACAUUUAUAAACGCAUUUGUGAACUAUCUUAAACACGAAACAUUGGAGGAAGCGAAACUUGGAGAUUUAGUUCCAUUAAUUUCAUCUAAAUUCACGAUAACCGAUGAGAAUUAUAACACAAAAGAGAUUAGAAUAGGCAAGGAUGAUUCAAAUGAACAAUUUCAAAUUGUAGGAGCAUCAGCUACUCAAGGAUGUAAAAGUUACGCGUUUCAUGUCGGUGGAAGUAAAAUUCUAAGAUUGAUUGAUACUCCAGGAAUCGGCGAUACUAGAGGAGUAGAUCAGGACAAACAAAACUUUGACAACAUUCUAAAAUAUCUCAGUUUUCAUAAACAUAUCAAUGGGAUAUGCAUUCUCCUCAAGCCAAAUGAGUCGCGUACAAGCAUCAUAUUCAGAUUUUGUAUUCAAGAAUUAUUGUCUCAUCUUCAUAAAAGCGCAAAGGAUAAUAUUGUAUUCUGUUUCACCAACGCCAGGGGAACAUUUUAUCGUCCGGGUGAUACUUUGCCACCACUCAAAAAGCAUUUAAAAGAGCUUCAGGAUCGAUUUGGUAUUGAAAUUGAAAUUAAGCAUGAUACAAUGUACUGCUUUGAUAGCGAAUCGUUUAGAUUUCUAGCGGCACUUAAAGAAAAAGUUCAAUUCAUACCAGAGGACGAAAUAAGCUUUGCGGAGAGCUGGAAAAGAUCUGUAAAUGAAUCAACGAGACUUCUCGGUUAUAUUUCAACGUGUCCACCACACAAAAUCCAAGAUACACUGACAUUAAACGAAUCCAGAAAUAUC